CUGUUCCUCCAGUCGCAGACUGCUGUGAACUGAGAAGGGUUUAUAUAGUGCUGCUAAAUUUAGGCUGAGCGGAGCGGUCAGCCUCCUUAUCCUGAACGUGUUUCCUCCUCUCUUCGCAAUUGGUUUGGUGCUUGCCCCCCGUGCCUUUAUUUAGAAUCUAGGCCCCCUCUCAGCGGCAUGAAAACUUCUUCUUUAUUCCUAUUGCACACAACUUGAUGCACUCACACCUCUCUCCAGGAACCUUUAUGGAGACAGACUUUAGCUUCGUUUAGCUGCACUUUACCUCACGUCUUCUCCUUCUAUUACCGCCAACCCGACCCGCUGGAAGAAGGGACAAGACAUGGCUCUAGCCGACACUAUCCUACCUUCUUUCUCUACGUUCUCUAACCAAGAUAAAUGGAAGGCUGCCUAUGAUUCCAAGACAACGCACAGCAGUUGUAUUGUGUCUGAUGUGAUGCAUAACACAGACCUGUUUUGCUCUAAGAAAGAAGAUGAAGACUUAAAUAAUGUCCUGGAAUUUGUUCUGUCUAUGGGAGCAGACAGAAACAUCCAAACGUGUGAAGACUAUUCGCUGUCAUCUCCUGAAUCUUGCACUUACUACCAAACAACCCCUUCUCCAGGGGGCUACAGCACCGACCACAGUCCUCCACCAUACACUUCAACAAGCCUCAUGACUGAGUUGAUGAGAUCUGACAUGGACAACUACUGUCCUCAAAACACUGUUCAGGGGAGGUUUUUUGUAUCUUCAGCUUUUGACUUUACAGACUCCAUCAAAGUAGAGCCACCUAUGGACGCUUAUGGACCUGUUAUGGGUUUGGUUCCCCAGUCAUGUUCAAAAAUUAAGCAGGAAGGUAGCACUGCUUGCAUGAUGGCAUAUGAUCAACCAAGGCUAGCAAAUUCUCCACAAAUGGGUGGCAUUGACACUCCACCUAUGAGCCCAGAUGAACUAAUGCUAAAUGAGUGCCAGACUCGGCUUAUGUGCCAUCCAACCCUGCCAUACUCGCACGGAUAUCAGAAUACAGCAGCUUUCCAUCAUCCAUCUUCCAUCCAGUAUCAGAGUGCAUCACAGUACAGUCUGUAUGAGGACAGUUUAUCUAUGCAGCCAUCAGCCAACCGAGGUGUGCUGACUCCUCCAUGCUCUCCUCUAGAAAUCCUAGAUGCCAAACCAAAGAGAGGGCGCCGAUCAUGGCCCAGAAAGAGAACAGCAACACAUACAUGCUCUUAUGCUGGCUGUGGAAAGACGUAUACCAAAAGCUCUCAUCUCAAAGCACAUCUCCGCACACAUACUGGUGAGAAACCUUAUCACUGCAAUUGGGAAGGUUGUGGAUGGAAAUUUGCCAGGUCCGAUGAACUGACACGCCACUUCCGCAAACACACUGGGCACCGACCUUUUCAGUGUCACCUGUGCGACCGUGCCUUCUCCCGGUCAGACCACUUGGCGCUGCACAUGAAGAGGCAUAUGUAAAAUCUUGGCAGCUGUGAAGCAGUAUGGGGUGACACAACCACAUAAACUUUCCAUUGUGAACCUGUUGGGGUCCCACUAUAGCUGGUACUGCAGGAUGGGGGCAAGAUGCCUUCUGUAACUCUAGUGGACCUUGAAAAGAAUGACUUGAUUCAAAGAAAAACACAGGCUGGACCUAAUAACUUGAACUUGUGCAUUAACUGGAAUGCCUCUUGGAUGGGGGUUGCCUAAAUAUGUUGGUAGCUAUGUAUCAGUCCUUAAUGAUUGUUAAACACUUUGCUUGCGUAAGAGCAGCAAAAAGUAUUUUAAAGGGCAUUGAAAGUAUACAGUGGGAUUAGAAACCCUAGUUUCAUUUUGUGAUGCAAACUAUCUCAGUGUUUUUUUUUGGGGGGGGGGGAGGGGUUUCCUCAGAUUUUUCUCCCGUUAAGUGCCCUUUCCAGGUCCUAUUACUCUAGUGUGCAACUCUAUCACACCACCAUCUGAUGGUUUAUUUGUGAUGCUACUUAGUUACUCUAGGGUAUAAGAUCUGGCUUCAGUCUUCCAGGAGAAUUAAAACUAUAUAAAGAUAUUCUGUACUGUAUAAUGCAAAGGAACGUGCCUUUUUGUUCUUGUACAUUCCAUUGUUGAGGAUGUGGAUUGUAACUGCCUAAUAUGAGACAAUGUUUAUAUGAAACUGCCAUAUUCUUGACUCUCCUUUGACAGGAUAAACAUUUGAGUAUCCAAAAACGUUUUGUUAAAUAUAUAAACUGCAUUAAGAACUUUUUUCUUUUCAGUUGGAAUAUAUUUUUAUAUAAACAGUGUGUUUGGUCACUUUACACUAUAAAACUGCAGGGCUAGAGGUCUUGCUUAAAAAACCUUUUUAUAUAAUAUAUAUUUAUGUGUAAUUAUACACUUCUGUAAAUUUGUACAAUGACCAUGUACAGUGUAAAUAUAUUGACAAAUGGCAUAUUGCUGUGUUUUUUUGUUUUUUUUUUAAAGCAGGGAAAAGUCUUUAAAUGAUCUGCCUUUUUUAAUAAAAGAAAUUAAUGGAA